GAACCGUCCAGCGCGGGUGAUAGAAGGGGCUCUUUACUGACCUUUUUUCAAAACAUCACACUUUUAGGAGGAAACUCAUGGAGGAUUAUGAAGUUAUUGACCUUAGCUUCACUGAAGAGACUUGGAAGACUGAACUGGAAUUGCACAUGAAGCUGCUGCACUAUUUUGAUAUAUCACGUAUAGUUGUGUUUACCAUCACUGCCAUUGUGGGAAUCAUUGGCAAUGGCUUAGUCAUCUGGAUUACCGGAUUUAAGAUGAAAAGUGUCAGCUCUGUCUGGUUCCUCAACCUGGCUGUUGCCGAUUUCAUAUCUUGUCUCUUCCUUUUUUUAUAUGUUGCAGAAUGGUCUUCUCCAAUUUUAGAGACACAGAGUUUAACAUUAUGUCUCAUACGUUUUUUCAUGCUGUCUUUAAACAUGUUGACUAGUGUCUAUUUCCUGAUGGUCAUCAGUCUUGACCGUUGUGUGUCCACCAUGUGGCCGCUUUGGACCAGGAUACACAGAAAGAUAAAACUAGCCCGUCUUAUUUCAGGAAUUAUUUGGGUGUUCUGCCUUGUUAGUGGCUUCUUGUAUGAAGCUUAUCAUUUGGAAGGUCUUUUUGAGUAUGAAUGUAUUGUAAAGCGUUAUCUCAUAGGCAGUGACUAUCUUGAACAGCCUAGGGAAAAGCAUAUCACCAGAAUCAUUGUUAUGUUUGCACUGCCCUUUACCAUCAUUUUAGUUUCCUAUAGUCUUGUGGCCUUCAAAAUAAGAGCCAGGAAAAGAUGGCAAAAGUCCAAUCGGCCAUUCAAAGUGAUCCUUGCUCUGGUCAUUUGCUUCUUCGUCUGUUGGUUCCCCUUUCACAUGACUUCUGUAACACCAAAUAUUGACAAGACUGAUGCGAGUCCAUGGAAGAAUGUUCUCAAGGAAGAAAUAUGUUUGUGCCUCGCUUAUUUUAAUAGUUGUCUAAAUCCUAUCAUCUAUGUCUUGCUCAGCUCAGAUGUUAAAGGACUGACGUUACGACACAAAAUGGAAAGUGCAAUGACUGCACAGUAUGAUCUAGAUGACGAUGAGGAAAUACCUAACAGAACGGAGAGAGCUAGAAAAGAAGAUUCCUCAGCAUUAUGAAUAUCACCACUCUUGACCAUGCCCGUGUCUUGUAUUGCAUCUUAGAAACAUUUAAAUGAAUACUGCAAUAUCAGCCACAGUCCAAGGACCGGCAGAACUUUACUCUUAGGGCUCAUGCAGUUCUUUGCCCGCCUUCUGGACUGCAAAUGACGGGUCUGCAAUAUACAGGCACUGGCUGUGGACACUGUGUGCUGAGGAUGCAUUGACUUGAAUGGGUCAGCAAUCUGCAAGCUGUGACCAAAGAUCUUUUUCGGAGUGAAGGCUUGGAUCAGAAGCCCACAGAAACACUACGAAGCGUUUCCGUUUCAGGUCCGUGUCUCCACACAGCAAAAGAUAGGACAUGUCCUAUCUUUGGCUGUAUCUUGUAAAUCGCAGACCCAUUCCAGUCAUUCGAGUGCAUACGGCCAGUGUCCAUGCAUUGCGAACUGCUAUUUGUGGUCUGCAGCACGUGAUGUCCAUGUGCAUGAGCCCUUAUACAAAAAACCCAGGUAAAUCAUUAUCUGCUGAGCCUC